AUGCAAAAGUAUUGCAGCUUGAGCGACUUUGUCGAAAAGUUUGCCUCAAUUGAGCAUGAGCUUCCGAGUUUUAAAAAGUUUCUCAAGACAGUGCGAAUAUACCGUGUUUCAAAGCAGGAAAGACACCAUGUGCCACCACAGCUCAGACACAAAAGACAUUACAAGAGAUAUUUACGACUAAUCACGAUCACUCUACUUCGACAAAAGUCAAAAAAUGUCUUGCUCAGCGGGAUGCCCGAAGUUGUCAAGCAAGCGUACACCAAAAAAAUCACCUCGGCGCUUAAUCACAAAUCCUCGUUCUUCAACAUGGGUGAGUUGCACUCGUACAAUUGGCAACGGGUGUUUCAAUUGCUAGGCUCGUUGCGACUAUCCGAGCUAAUCAUCAACUGGAAAGGGUUUGUUGUAAAGCAAAAUGUAAACGGCGGUAAAGGUAAUGAGGAGGGGUUUGUACAAAUAUUUGGAAACGGUUUACAAUAUACACAAAGAGUUGUGUCGAGGGAAACAAAAUGCAUUGAGAAACAUGACGUGUUGAGCAAGGGCCAUAGGAAUCCCAGGUUUUGGCAUUACACUUUGGUCAAGUCUACCGGUGACGAGUUGGUAAAGGAAAUAUUUGGUCAAGAGGCCAAAGCUCGAAGGUUCCGCCAGGUUAAGAAAGUUUUGGAAACGAUUCUAGAGAAUGACAAAAAGUGCCGAUAUGAUAUAUUGUACCAAAGGAUGCUACUUGCUUCCAAGACGGUUGACGUUGACAAUAUCACAAGCAAUGCAAGCAGCCAGGAAGAGGUGAUUAGAUUCAUAUUUGUCAUUUUAGGCAAGUUGUUGAGCUUGGAGGCGUGGGGAGGCCCGGCAAAUAAAAAAGUGUUCCGGGAUAAAACGAUCCAGUACUUGAAGCUAGAGUCACAAUCGCGAGUGCAUAUUCAUGACAUUUGCCAAGGAUUGAAGUUGAGUGGGUUUGAAUGGUUUGGGAAAGCAUCAAUCUCGUCGAAACAGGAUUUUGAAGUGAGGACAACAAUGAUGCAGCAGUAUACGCAAUGGAUCUUUGAGCUGCUAGUUAAAAAAAUUAUUAAGGAGUUUUGGCACGUCUCGGUAUCCACUGAUGGCAAGAUGUUGUAUUUUCCAAAAUAUGUGUGGCACAAGAUCUCGUACUUGUGGCUUGAACGCUAUGCACAGGAAAAUUUCAUUCAAACGGGUCUCACUGGAAGAGAAAAGUACAAUUAUGGCAAGAUUAAAUUGAUACCGAAGAGGGCUACUUUUAGAGUAGUGUGCGUGCCGGCUAAAAGAGAGAUUGCACAUGUUGCUCGCAAGCUUGAUCCACAGACCAUGACCAAGCAGGAAAUUGCAUUUAAUAUAUUUAGAGCCAACGAGUUGAGGCCGGUGAGAUUGACUCUAUUGAAAAAAUUGAACGAGAGGAAGAGAGAGAAUGUGUGUUACCAAACCACGGCCACCUCCAACCAGCAGGUGGCUGAACGAAUCAUGGAUUUUCGUGCGGAGCUUUUGACAAAGUUUGGAGGUACAAGUAUCCCCAAGCUAUAUAUGGUCAAGUGGGAUAUGCGGGAGUGCUAUGACCAAAUAAACCAAAAACAGUUGAUGAGCAAGGUUGUGGAUUUGUUCAAGUCGGAUCCACUCGGGACAAAAUACUACUGUCGAACUUAUUCCAAAGUUGACCAAUUUUUGAGAAUAAAGCAGGUGAAACACAAAGUGGAGUCCAACUUUGCUGAAUUUGAUUUAAUGACAAGUGAUGCCGACGAUAGAGGUAACAACGGCAAGUCUACAAGGCCGACGAUGACGAAGAUGACGAAGAUGACGAUUGACAAGGGAAAGACUGUAACGCUAACACGGAAGGAUAUUUUGGACAUGUGCAUACAACAGAUAUUCGGGGCAAAAGCUAUAUUUCGGAACCCCAUCACACAAGAAUUGAGCUACUACAGAAGAAAGAAAGGCGUGUUUCAAGGUUUCAGCCUCCUGAGCAUAUUCUGCGACAUCAUCUACAGCGCCUUGGUGGCUGACAAGUUCAAGUUUCUUUGGGACUCGGGGCUGCCGUUUUCACUAACCAGAAUGGUGGACGACUUUAUCUUUAUUUCACCAGACCGAGACCUAUAUGACAAAGUGUACGCAAUAGUGCAAGACAGCAAUAAUGCACUAGCCAAGUAUGGAGCAUUUGUCAACAGUGCCAAAACUAUAGUUGUCAAUGACGACACCACGGACGAAAGGAUCAAUUUUGUCGGAUUGGACAUUGAAGUCGCGACUUUGAAAUUCAAAAAGGACUACUACCAGCUGGACAUGUCAGAUGCCGGAGGUAUCAUCACCAGCCAGUACCGCACGUUCCAGUCGGUGUUGGCGUACUUGAAAAAGUCGUACUCGUUGAGGUUGCACCAUUAUCUCCUCGUCUGCGAAAACGACCAAUUGGGCUCCGUAAAGGAAAACGUCACCAACUUGAUGGAAUUCAUCGUGGGCAUCUUCAAAAGGGCGUAUCGGCGAAUAGCGCUGUUGGACACUUUUAAGCCUGCACGGUUUAUCCACUUUCUAUCAUACUUGAUCGCCGACACAUUGACCAAAUUUGUCAAAUACAACUCAUCGUUUGAAUCUGUCGAUGACUUGUUUGAAAGCAUACAACACUGCUUGAUAUAUGUUUUGAAGAAUGAGAAGCAGUACCAGCCCGUUGUUAAUUGGAUAUACGAUUUGAAAAUAGAGUGGUUUUUGGGGGCUGACUGA